AAACACCCGCGGCGCGGCCUUUGGGCGAGCGAGUUCGAGUGGCGGAAUCCACGAACCGAGGGGAGGGUUAGUAGACUGGGCCUCCCCGCGUCCCGGCCGGCCAGCCGCAGGCUUCCUGGUGUUGGACUACAUUUCCCAGAGCCGCCGCGUCCCCAAUGCGGCUUCACUUCCGUUUGUUCGUGCGAUUUGGGGGCCUCGCGUGGGGAGGGCAGCGUCUGGAGGAGCUUGGCCCGGCUCCCGUUGGGCGGGCGAACCCGAAAUCGGGGCUUGGACCCCAGGCGCCAGAUCCUGGAUCCUGAACUGCAGCUUCUGUCGAGAGCCAGAAGAGGAAAAAAUGGCUGUUACACAUUCAAAACCAAAGUCCAAGACUUACCUUCAAGGAGUGCAAAUAAAGACGUAUCUCCAAAAAACGAUACUUAUGAAACAGAAUUAUCCCAAUGGGAAAUGAGUACCAGGCUUGAAAACUGUGAUCUUGAGGAAUCGAGUUCCAGAGAUUAUUUGGAAGUCAGAGGCACAUUGGAAAAGCAACAAGAAAAUCAGGAGGAAUAUUUCAGGCAAGGGAUGAUCAUAUAUGAAAAAAUGUCCAUAUUCAAUCAGCAUACUUACUUAUCUCAACAUCCUAGGUGUCAUUCUACUGAGAAACCCUAUAAAUGUAAGGAAUGUGGGAAGGCCUUUAGACGAGCCUCACACCUAACUCAACAUCAUAGUAUUCAUACUGGUGAAAAACCCUAUGAAUGCAAGCAGUGUGGGAAGGCCUUUAGUCGUGAUUCACAGCUUAUUCUUCAUCAGAGACUUCAUACUGGUGAGAAGCCCUAUGCAUGCAAGGAAUGUGGGAAGGCCUUUACUCAGAGCUCACAACUUAUUUUACAUCAUAGAAUUCAUACUGGUGAAAAACCGUAUAAAUGUGAAGAAUGUGGGAAAGCCUUUAUUCGUAGCUCACAACUCACCCGACAUCAAAAAGUCCACACUGGUGAGAAACCUUAUGAAUGUAAAGAAUGUGGGAAGGCCUUUACUCAGAACUCACAACUUACUCUGCACCAGAGACUUCAUACUGGUGAGAAACUUUAUGAAUGUAAAGAAUGUAGAAAGGUCUUUACUCAGCUCUCACAACUUAUUCUGCAUAAGAGAAUUCACACUGGUGAAAAACCCUACGAAUGUAAGGAAUGUGGGAAAGCUUUUAUUUGUGGCUCACAGCUUUCUCAACAUCAGAAAAUUCAUAAUGGGGAAAAGCCAUAUGAAUGUAAGGAAUGUGGAAAGGCCUUUAUUCGUGGCUCGUUACUUAUGCAACAUCAGAGGAUACAUACUGGUGAAAAACCCUAUAAAUGUGAAGAAUGUGGAAAAGCCUUUAUCCGUGGCUCACAACUUACUCAACACCAGAGAAUUCAUACCAAUGAGAAGCCCUAUGAAUGUAAAGAAUGUGGAAAGACCUUUAGUCAUGGCUCACAACUUACUCAACAUCAGAGAAUUCAUACUGGUGAGAAACCCUAUCAGUGUAAGGAAUGUGGAAAGGCUUUUAAUCGUGGCUCACUCCUUACCCGACAUCAGAGGAUUCAUACUGGUGAAAAACCCUAUGAAUGUAAAGAAUGUGGAAAGACUUUUAGUCGCGGCUCAGAACUUACUCAACAUGAAAGGAUUCAUACUGGUGAGAAACCAUACGAAUGUAAGGAAUGUGGGAAGUCUUUUAUUCGUGGCUCACAGCUUACUCAACAUCAGAGAAUUCAUACUGGUGAGAAACCGUAUGAAUGUAAAGAAUGUAGAAUGGCAUUCACUCAGAGUUCACAUCUUUCUCAACAUCAGAGACUUCAUACUGGUGAGAAACCCUAUGUAUGUAAUGAAUGUGGGAAGGCCUUUGCCCGUGGUUUACUACUUAUACAGCAUCAGAGAAUUCAUACAGGUGAGAAACCAUAUCAGUGUAAGGAAUGUGGGAAGGCCUUUAUUCGUGGGUCACAACUUACUCAACAUCAGCGAAUUCACACUGGAGAAAAGCCCUAUGAAUGCAAGGAAUGUGGGAAGGCCUUUAGUCAUGGCUCUCAACUUACUCUACAUCAGAGAAUUCAUACUGGUGAGAAGCCCUAUGAAUGCAAAGAAUGCAGAAAAGCAUUUACUCAGAGCUCACAUCUUUCUCGACAUCAAAGAAUCCAUACUGGUGAGAAACCAUAUCAAUGUAAGGAAUGUGGGAAGGCCUUUACUCGUGGUUCACAGCUAACUCAACAUCAGAGAAUUCAUAUCAGUGAGAAAACUUUUGAAUAUAAAGAAUGUGGGAUAGACUUCAGUCAUAGCUCACAAGUUUAUAUAUGAAUUAUCUGAUUCUUUGUGAUUAAAAUAGAGAGCCUUCUCUGGUCAUUAAUCCAUUAUCAUCAAAGAAUUCCUAAAAUGUGAAUAUGGGAGCAUAUUUUCCUCUUCAAGUUCAGCAUCAGUGAAUUCUAAUGGGAGAAAGAUACUGUUAAUGGAAUCUAUGUAGAAAAACCUAUAGUUACUGGAAACCUAUUAAACUUCAGCAAAUUAUAAUAGAGUUCUGUUAAUAUAGUAAAAUAUAGGAAGGCCUUUAGCUGUAGAAUAUCUUUUUCAACAUUAUCUCGACUCUUCCAGCUACUUUUCUUUGUGAUAUUUAUCAUAAUUAACCUCUGCUUUCGUUUAAUCAUUUGUAAGAUAAGCCUAAGAAUAAUACCUUCCUUGUAAGAUUCUUGGAAGUAUUAUGUGAAACAUUUCAUGUAAAGCUCUUAGUGCCUUGAACAUACUAUAUCACAAGUAUUAGCUAUCAUUAUUACUAGUAUGAUUGUAGAGAAUUUGCAUGAGAAGAGGACAACUAAUGAAUAUGGAGAUAUUUUUCAUUAACCCUUGACCCCGACUGUUUGGGGAGCACUGUAUGCUGUAACGAAUAUGAGAAAGCUUUCAUUCACAUUUCAUCCUAUAUGCUAGAAGAGGAAAUUCAUAGUUAAAAAAGUCAUAGAUUUAAUCAGUGGAUUGUUGAAGAGGGAUGAGGUGAAUUGUAACAAAGUCCAAAAACUCAUAUUUUCUAUAAUUUUUGACCACAAUUUAAGAAUAUUACUUAGAAGUGAAAAAAGUAGAUAGUCAAAAUUUUCUACUAUGAAAUUUCUAAAAACUUGAAUGUACAGCUUUUGAAUUAAACUAAAAGUAAACUGACAGUAUUUUGCAGUGAAACAUGAUGACAGUCUGUCAGAGACUAUUUCCCUACCCAGUAUCCAUUUCCCCUUCUUUAGAAUUCUUGGCUGAAAAAUUAUCUCAGUCUUUCUUGCAGGUCAACAAGAUAAAAGUGGUAUUUGUACAUAUAGGACAUUUAAGAAUACCUUUUUUUCUCUCUGCAUUUCUGUUUUCCUGCCUACAAUGUGGACAUUUAAUUUAAAUCUCUGAUGAUUUUAUGGGGAAUUUGAGAAUGCUAUCUAAGGAUAAUGGAGCAGAAAUACAGAAUGAGUCUACACCUAUACUGAUUUUAUGGAAUAGCUGUACCAAUUCUGGUCUGCCUGCCUCCUGUAUUUCUUUAUAUAAAAUUAAAAUAAACUUAUUUGUUCAUGC